AUGGACCAGGCGCUGCUGGGCGAGGCGGCCGCGGCCGCCUGCCGCUGCCCGCUGCCCCGCGGCGACAGCCCGCUGAGCCGCCUGCUGCGCUGCCUGCUCUCGGCCCGCCGCUCGCUGGAGAUCUGCCUCUUCGCCUUCUCCAGCCCGCAGCUGGGCCGCGCCGUGCAGCUGCUGCACCGCCGCGGCGUGCGCGUCCGYGUCGUCACCGACGCGCAGUACAUGGCCCUCAACGGCUCCCAGAUCGGCCUGCUCCGGCACGCCGGGAUUCCYGUGCGUCAUGACCAGGAGGAUGGUUUCAUGCACCACAAAUUCGCCAUCGUGGACAAGAAGAUGCUCAUCACGGGCUCCCUCAACUGGACCACUCAGGCCAUCCAGAACAACMGGGAGAACGUGCUGAUUGUGGAGGACGCGGAGUACGUGAAGCCUUUUCUGGCCGARUUUGAAAGGAUUUGGGAAGAAUACAACCCCACCAACUAUAAGUUUUUUUCCAAAAAAACAGAGUAA